AUGGCCUCCGCAAGAAAGAGCACGGCGUUGAUCGUUUAUAGAUGGUUACGUAGUGCUGGCAUAUCCAGUUGGGGGAGUCACAUAAAUGAUGUGCCAAGAUGGCGUGGAGUAUGCAGUACACCCCCCCGCGCAAGCACAAUAGGCGGAAGAACGGAGUGCGCAACUUCACGCAAAUCAACCGAUGGAGAAACCACAGCGGAAGAGUCCCCUCACCCAAGAAAAGCGAUCAAGCUGAAGAAGCAAAUGGCACUUGAAAGUGCCAACAAAGUAAUGCUGUCCAAACUGAACCUACAAAUUGAACAACUGGAUUGUAAGCAGUUGAUGAGAUACAAAAACGUAAAAAAUGUGAUCACCUUGGAAAAGAAGAAAGAAAUUUUGUCAUAUCUAAAUAGUUACCUCCUCCGUAACAACAAGGCCAAGUAUUACAUUUUAAGUGUUCUCAUGUUUCGUAUUGUAUCCAGGAUGAGUACCUAUCAAGUGAAGGAGUUGAUAUAUGUCCUACACGCUUAUAAGGAAAAUAACUUUUUGAGCCCCUUCUUAAUGGUACAUAUUAUGAACAAAUUGGGUAGCGAGGAAUUUGCUCAAAAAAUUACACUAAAUGAAUUCCUCCUCCUUGUAGACACUUUGACAGUACCGUUAAUAAUGCCAAAUAGCUUCGCACAAAUGAUCCAAAGGUUCAUAUGCAAAAAUAUGGAGAUGUUUAAAUGUAGGGACUAUUUUCUGGUUGGGUAUUUUUUGGCUAGGAACAAUUUAUACAACGAUUCCGUUUUGAAUUUUAUCGCAGAGUUUUACAGAAAUUUCGGAGGUGCAGAGAAGUUCCAACAGGAGGAACGUAAUAAUAAUCACUUUGCUCAUUACAAUGAUGCAUUCCACAGUGGGGAAGCCAACAGGGGAGUAACCACAAAGGAUAAUUUCCUACCAAAUGGGAAGUUAACCCAUUUAGGAAAAGACAUCCAUAAGCAUAUUUUCAUUUUAUCAAAAUAUGGAUACAACGAUAUAGGUGUGUGGAGUAAUCUGUUUAGAGUGGCAAUCACACAAUGCAGAUCUUUGCAACCUCUGGAAAUAAGCUCCAUUUUGAAGUCGUUGAAAAACAUGAAUUAUUACAACAGUUACUUAUUUGAAGUGUUGGUAGAUAAUAUUAGGAAAAAUUUAAGUCAGUACAAAACGAGUACCCUGAUGGACUGCUUGAAUAGCUUGUCUUAUUUCAAUCAUGUGGAUGAUAGAAUGCUCAGCAAAAUAUUAGUAUCCCUACCGAGAAGGAUCUCAACUUAUACUGCCAACGAUUUCACCAAGCUGAUAUUUUUUAUAAACAAUUUUACGAGAUUCUCCAGUUAUUUUAUUCUCUUUGCAAAUAAGCACAUUUUGCUUUUUGCGUCAAGUUUUAAUAUGCUCCAUUUGGUAACCCUUUUGAAAAUUUUUGCUCACCAGAAUUUGAUAAGUCAGCCAAUUCUUCACUUAUUAAAUGUGAAGUUGGAGAAAUUCAUUUCUUCUCAGUCUUCGCGGAAUUGUUCCGAAGGCACCCUCAUGGAGGAAUCCAGUGUGCAGGCCACGAAGCAGGUAUCUUUGAGGAAUCUGUUUGAAAUUAUUCACAUUAUGAACUUCAUGUCAGUGAGAUACCCCCGAUUGGCUCAUAACUGUUUGGAAAGCAUGUUCACCCUUCAGGGUGGGUACAAAAAUAUGCACCCAGAAGUAGUGAAAUGUAUGACGUAUUGUUGUUGCUACUUCAUGUUGGUUAAUGACCAGUAUGGGGACGCUUCGACGAUUGGGCUUCACAAACGUAUAAGCGAUUUUUUUUCCUUUCUGGACUCAUCCUUGGUGAGGGUUGCUAAAAAUGGUGAAUCGAAAUGGUAUGACAAUAGGGAGGAUGUCCUCACUAAGGCACACACCCAUUCGGAAAUGAAUCACAAUUUAUCAUCCCCUGGGGAGUGUAUCAUUGAACGGAUGGAAGAAAGGAUAACAACGAAGAACCCCGAAACAGAUGGCAAAGAAGACAACACGAAUGGAGUGAAAAAACAAAUGGAUAUAGACAUCUACGCGAUGAUCAUACGAACGUUCCUCACCGAGUUCAUAUAUCUCCGCUCAAGAGAUGAAGUGGAAAAUUUUUACAACUUAAGCGAGGAACACAUGAAGCGCCUUUUUUUCUACAAAAUUGACGCCAUAAGGGAGUUCCACCAUAGUGAUGGUGUAAACACGCUUAAGAAGUUGUUACCCCUGGUGUAUUAUCCACAUGUAGAUAAAUCGCUCUUGAAGAAUGUUCAAAUGAAUAGACAUUUUCUGUCCACCUAUUCUGUGGGCCCCACUCGUGAAGAGAAAAGCCAACUUACCCAAAGUGAACACGUCGGGAGACAAUUUUCGUAUCACCAAAAAUCUCUCAACGAAAUGUACCAAGUUUUGAAAGAUCUACCUCAGACGGAUUACAAGUUUAAUUUUGUUAAAAAUGCCAACUGCAAUUCUGUUUUUCUUUACAUUCACUACAUAUUUGCGAAACGCAUUCAUAGCAAGGGCAAAGUAGCCAUAUUAUUUGGAACGCAGAAUUACUACUACACCACGGUUGGUGAAUUAUACACUGAUCUUCAUCCCCCUUGCGCGACCAACAUGAUUGAAGAGGAGCGCCUAACCAAGGAGGCUAUAGCCCAGAUUCACUACUUCAAGCUCUUUUUUGACAGGGUACAUUUGGUUCCGGCCCACCUAUGGGAAAAUAUGAAUCAAAGGGAGAGAAGACGCUUUUUUGUUACCUUGCUGGAUUUGUAA